AUGGCAGCUACAAAAGCAUUGAUGGGCUGUACAGGUGUGUGGAAGAUGAUGAUGGAGAAGACAAUGACAGAUAUAAGUUUCAUGGUGUUGCCUGUGCUAAAUGUCAAGGGAGAGAUCUCACCAAGGGACAUAAAGAAGUCAUUAACAAUGGAUGCGCACGUGAAUCUGAAAUUGUUCAGUGCGGCAAGGUCAGGGAACUUACAAGUACUUCGGCCAUUAAUUGAAGAUGAUGAAGCGAAAGUAGAAGAUGCAAAAACCCCAGAAGGAAACACGGUCCUUCACUUCGCUGCAAGAUUCGGACACACGUCUUUGGUAAACAAGCUCAUCGAGCGGUGUCCUUCCCUUGUCCACCAGAGCAAUUUCAAGGGAGAAACGCCGCUGCAUGUUGCGGCAAAGGCCGGAAGAGAUGACGUUGUUGAAUUGUUAAUCGAUAAGACAGAUACAUCUGGCCUGUGCAUCAGUUGGAUCAGAGAUAAUUCUGGUAAUACCCCUUUACAUGGUGCUGUCAGGAAUGGACAUUCUAAGGUAGUGAAGGCGUUCGCUAAAAGAGAUCCAUUAUCGUUACGCUGGCUUAAUGAUGCAGGGGAAUCCCCACUUUCAAUUGCUAUUGAUAUGAGGUUUACGAAACUUGCAGAAGCAAUCAUAGAUUUGAAUAAAUCUACGCUUGAUUACCGUGGAAACGACGACCAAACUCCUUUGCAUCGUGCCGUCCUGAGGCAAGAUUUUGAUAUCAUGACAAAGAUAAUAACUUUGAAAGAGGAUCUCGUUGGAGAGCAAGAUGGAAGGGGAAGGACUCCCCUUCACUAUGCUGCAGCCUUGGGUCACCAAAAAAUGGUGGAGGUGUUAAUCGAUAAAAAACCUUUGAUUGCAUACAAAGGAGACAAAAAGCGGCAAAUACCUCUUCACUUGGCAGCAGUAAAUGGGCAAACACGUCUGAUAGAAGCAUUGCUAGAGCCUUGUCCAGAAACCAUCGAGAGUGUUGACAUGAUGCAGCAAAAUAUUCUUCAUAUUGCAGCCAAGAAUGGAAAUGUGGGUGUGGUGUCAUAUAUUCUGAAGCUACCUGAGAUGGAAGAUUUGGUUAACUCUCCUGACAAGGAUGGAAACACCCCCUUGCAUCUGGCGGCCCGCAACUACCACAGCGAUGUGGUGAGUGUUCUCUCCAAGAAUUCGAAGGUGGAAAUCAGGGCAAUCAACCGCUCUAAAAGGACUGCUAUAGUAAUUGUUAAAUUGGCUGAUGAUCGUGGAAUGGAACUACAGAAGCACUUAACCUUGAAAGCAUUAAAGAGCGCUUAUAAACAAAAGGCUAUUCAUUUUGAGGAUGCCACUGAAUUGGAUUAUGGAGAAGUAGAAAAGGAUGAAAAGCCAAAGGAAGAUGGUAAAAAGAGUAGGGAAAUGGCACAAAUAAUAUCUGUGAUGUCAACCCUUAUAGCUACAUUCACAUUUAGCGCAGUUUUUACCAUCCCUGGUGGUUUUGAAAAUGAUGGUCCGGAUAAGGGCUUGGCAAUGUUAAUCAGUAAAUCAACUUUUCGGGCCUUUGUUAUUUCUGAUGCCGUUGCUAUGACUUCAUCUAUUACUGCUGCAGUUAUUGUGUUUUGGUCAUCUUCACGUCGAGACACUGAAUCAUUCUUGGAUACUCUUCCUUUCGCCAUUGCCUUAACUUGGAUCUCACUUAUUGCAAUGGCACUAGCUUUUGUGACUGGAUUAUUUGUUGUGUUGCAGAGGACACUAUGGUUGGCUAUAUUGGUUUGCGUCAUUGGCUGUGCUCCCCCUUUCAUUCUUUACAUAUUUUCUCCCAUAUUUCUUAUUGUGUUUGAAAGGGUUUCCAAGUCUCAAACCUCUCUUGGUAAUCGGCAGAAUAUAGUGGAAGACAAUCCAUUUCUGUUUAUUUUUCGAUUGAUGAAGAUAUUUGUUGAAAGACAGAGUUAUUUUCUCCUUGCAUAUUUACGCAGAGGUGUAAGAGGUGAGGUCAACUGA